ACCUGGCCGUGGGGGCUCCUUUCGACGGCGCCGGCAAAGUUUUCAUUUACCACGGCAGCGCCCUGGGCAUCGUCACCAGCCCCGCGCAGAUCCUGGACGGGGAGGCCGUGGGGGUCUCGGCUUUUGGGUACUCGCUGUCGGGGGGGCUGGACGUGGAUGGGAACCUGUACCCCGAUCUGCUGGUGGGGUCCCUCUCGGACACCGUGGUGCUCUACAGUGUGGAGGUUCGGGCGUGUUUCAGCUACAGGGGCAGCCCGGAGAGCUACAGCCCCCGGCUCGAGCUCCGGUUCGUGCUGGAGGCGGACUCGGAGCGGCGCCGCCGGGGUCUCGCCCCCCGGGGGUCGUUCCUGGGCCGGGGUCCCGCCGACCCCGAGCACCGAACCUCGGGGACCCUGGAGCUGCCCCGGCCCCGCGAGCGCCGCUGCGUCACCGCCACCUUCCGGCUGCACGACGCCAUCCGGGACAAGCUGCGGCCCGUGGUGCUCAGCCUGGCCUUCGGCCUCGGGGGGUCCCGGGGGUCCCGGGGGUCCCGGGGGGCGGCGCUGCCCCCGCUGGGCCCCGCGCUCAGCCCCCGCCAGCCCAGCACGCACCGCGCCGAGGUGCAUUUCCUGCGCCAGGGCUGCGGCGAUGACAAAAUCUGCCAGAGCCACCUGGAGCUGCACCCGCGCUUCUGCGCCCGCCUUGGGGACAGCGACUUCCUGUGUCACCUGCCCAGGGACGAGGAUGGCACUGCCAUUUUCGCCAUGAGUGACCAGAAGGACGUGGCCCUGGAGGUUUUGGUGACCAACGAGCCCUCGGAGCCGUCGGAGCCGCAGCGGGACGGGGACGAUGCCCACCAGGCCGUGCUGGUGGCCACGCUCCCCCCGGAGCUGCCCUACGCCGCCCUGCGCCCCGACGACAGCGGGGGGCUCGGGGUGCGCACCAGCGAGCAGCCGGGGCUGGAGCCGGUGGUCGCCCGAGCCCGCGUGGUCUUCGAGCUGCCCCUGGCCGUGACGGGCGUGGCCGUGCCCCCCCGGCUGUUUUUUGGGGGGCAGGUGAGGGGGGAGAGCGCGGUGAAGAGGGAGAGCCAGGUGGGCAGCGCCGUCAGCUUCGAGGUCACGGUGUCGCAGCGGGGGCCGGUGCUGCGGAGCCCGGGCGCGGCCGCGCUCAGCGUGCAGUGGCCGCUGGAGCUGCCCAACGGGAAGUGGCUCCUGUACCCCCUGAGCCUGGAGAUGGGGACCCCCCCCGUGCCCUGCAGCCCCCCCGCAAACCCCCUGCGCCUCGCCCUGGAGCCGCCGGGCCGAGGGGACCCCCCCGAGGAGCCCCCGGCCCGCUCGUGGUGGGUGCCCGCGGCGAGGAAGAGGAGGAACGUGACCCUGGACUGUGCCCGGGGCACCGCUCGCUGCCGCCCGUUCCGGUGCCCGCUGCCGUCCCUGGAGCGCUCGGAGCUGCGGGCGCGGGGCCGCCUCUGGAACGGGACCUUCCUGGAGGAGUUCCUGGAUGUGGAGAACCUGGAGCUGAUCGUGCGCGCCGAGGUCUCGGUCGCCUCCCCCCGCGGCAAUGUCGUCAUCAAGGACGCGGUGGCGCAGAUGUCUCUGUCCCUGCACCUGGACCCGGGCGUGGCCGUGGCGGCCGUGCCCUGGUGGCUGCUGCCGCUGGCGGCGCUGCUGGGGCUGCUGCUGCUGGCCCUGCUGGUGCUGGCGCUCUGGAAGCUGGGGUUCUUCCGGCGGGCGCGGGCGCCGCGGGCUCCGGCCGUGCCGCGGUUCCGGGCCGUGCGGAUCCCGCGGGAGCAGCGGCCGCGCGCCCGCGAGGGACGGACCGGAACCAUCCGCAGACCGCACUGGGCCGCUGCGGCCACCGGAACCGGAACCGGGGACGGGGACAAGGACGGGCCCCGGACACCCGGAUCAGCCUGAGGGACGCGGCACGGACGGACGGACGCGGCACGGACACGGGAUAACGGACACGGGAUAAUGGACACGGGAUGGACA